CAUUCUACGGAUGCAAUGGCUGUCAGGAGUGGAAGCUAUAAAGUUUCUGCAACCCCAGUUACAGUAUUUGGGCAUUUGUUAUUUAUAGCAGUGGCAACCCUUGUGCUGGUUUGGCUACUGACGUUCCGGGAAGGCCUGGCUUUUGAAUCUGCUAAUAAAUUUAAGAUUUUCAAUCUGCAUCCAUUUCUAAUGGUGAUUGGAUUCAUAUUAAUAGCAGGAGAAGCAAUCAUGGCAUACAAGGCAAUCCCUGUUGGAAGACACGUGCAAAGAGCAGUUCAUCUCACAUUGCAAGCCAUUGCUCUUGGUUGCGGGAUCUUUGGAAUUGUUGCAAUUUUCAAAUUCAAUGAUGAGUUAAACAUCCCUGAUAUGGUUACCUUACAUUCUUGGCUAGGCAUGAUUGCCAUCUGCUUAUUUGGUUUGCAGUUUUUGCUUGGUUUCUUCUCCUUUGUCUUCCCUGGGGUAGAAUCAUAUUCAAGAGCAGCAUAUGCGCCAUGGCACAUUUUUGGUGGCUUAGUUAUUUUCUUUUUAGCAAUUUGCACAGCAGAGAUGGGAUUGUUAGAGGAAUUCCUUUUUCUAGGCCUAUUUCGCGGCCAAGAAGCACUGAUUGUCAACUUUACUGGAUUUUUGCUCAUUCUAUUUGCUGUUGCUGUUGGCCUUAGUGUUGUCCUGCCACGAGGUUAUUAA